AUGAUGACUCAAUGGCUUUCGUCCAUCAUUUCAAACAAACGAGAAUAUCAUGAUCACAUUUCUUCAACACCCCCUCAAAGUCCUUCCUUUUCACGAUCCGAUGAUCAUCAGACCUCCAUGGUACAUGAGCAUUCCUAUCAUCAUAAUUUAAUUCCUUCCACUUGUCUCAUUGAAGAAGAUUCCAUUCAACUGCAACAACGAUCAAGCCUUGACAGGAUCAUUCAAAAUCCCAUCAAGAAACAACAACAACAACAAAUAAUAAUAACAACCACACAACAACAACAACUCGAUGAAAAGCAUCAAAAAGUAGAAGAACUCAAAAUACGGUAUCCCUCACUCUUUCAAGAAGUUUUGGUGUUUGAAGAUGAUAAUGAUCAGAAAUUGUGUCCGAUUUGUUUGGAAUUGUAUACAGAGGAAAAUCCUGAAGUGUCAUGUAAAUGUGGACAUGGCUUUCAUUUACAGUGUAGUGAAGAAUGGAAACAACGAUCUUCUCAAUGUCCGGUUUGCUUUCGGAAAUUAAUUUAUUCAUUUGAAGAAGAAGAAUUACCCAAAGAGGAGGAAUAUAAAAAAUCAAUGACGAGUCGUCAUGAUUCAGUGACGACGACGACGAUGAGGAAUUAUUAUAUGAAUGAACCAUUGGUAACAACACGAGAGGACUUUUCAAGUCGAGGAAAGAUGUUGAAACGAAUUUUAAGAUGUUUAUGUUGUUGUUUCUGUUGUUGUUGA